GGCCCUGCUCGCCGUAGCCCGGGAGCCGGGGGCUUCCCGGUCUCCUUCCUUCCUUCUUCCUCCCUCCCUUCCCGCGGCUGAGCCGAAUCUGUUAAACCAGCCUGUUGGCGAAACUCAGCGCCCGUUACGGAAUCCUGGAAAUCAGCCUCCUCGGCGCAGCCUGCGUUUUUGGCAAACGUUCGUCAUUUCUUAUCCUUUUAUUUAAGCCGCCGUUUAUUCAGGGCAUUAAAUACAUCAUAUCCAGGUGAGAAGCGAUUAUGCGUAAGGCGGCUGACAGGAAAAGCCACCUUAGCGCUUCUUAAUUAAUUAGAAAAGCGUCCAGAUAAAGAGAUGCUGCUUCCCCAGUUUUCCUUUUCCUGAUCCUUUCCGCUUUUGAUGCUAAAGUAGCAUUAAACUCUCCUGCUGGGAAGCGGUAAUGCCCAGGCUAGCUCAGCCCGGGAUUCCCCUGCUGAUCCCUUUCCUCCAGGUUCCUACAGCGCAAGUGCCGGAGGAAGCACCUGCCCUCAAAGAGCUGUCUGGCAAGGAAGCUGCCAUGGCUGAGCUGCCCCUGGCAUCCCUCCAGUGGGAGGAGGAAUUGCCCCAACGACACCCCAUGCCGGAAGUCAAGCCUCCCAGGCCACAGAGCAGGAGGGUGCUGCUGAAGGCCCGGGCUCGGUCCCUGCCCGUCGCUGAUGCUUCCAGGCCGUCCUUCAAAGGCAGGCUGUCUUACCAGCCCCUCCUGGUGCCCCCCCAGUUGGCCAGGUUUGAUUCCAUUAUGAAGCCCCCGGAUGGCUCUGAGAAGGAGCUCCUUUUGCGGAAACUCUCCCAGGGCCCCCUGGAGGUGAGCUCUCUGCACAUGCUGGGCACUGCCCAGCCCUUGCUGCCUUCCUCGUGCAGCAACCUCCUCCGGAUCCAGAUGGGCCGCCCCCCCAACAUCAAGGACGUUUUCUACGAUGAGACCGGCAACAUCACGCUGGUGCCUCGCCUGGAGCCAGCUCGCCUACCCAAGCGGUGGAUCAAGCCAGCGGUGGAAGUGGUGGACCCCGACGUUGAGUCCAGGCGCCAGGAAGCACUGAAAACAGUUUCAGGCCGCUGCAAACAACGCCAUUCCUCUAAAGGCCCUGCCUCGGUCAAGCAGGCCCCCGUGGAUCAAAGCAGCAUCCUGGCUCAUGGAGGAGCCCCAGGGCUGUUGCGGGAGGAUCCCUUAAAAGUGUUGCGGAAGAGCCUCCCAGAGCAGGCAGCCCAUCCUCCUCUUCCGCCAGGAAAGACCCUCGAGCCCACCAGCUUUGUCUUUGUCAAGCCCACCUUGCUGGUGGAGACUGUUGACCUAGCCCCAGGAGUGACCCUCCACUGUGGCAGUAGGAAUCCAAGUCUGCUGCCGCAGCCUGCUGACAGUCCAGAGGACGUCAAAGAGGUGCGCGGGGCCCUUUGGCCCUUGAACCCUCAGGUGUCCUUUCCCAGCAGGGCCACAGAGCCACUCCUUCGGGAGCCAUGGCUUCUGCCACACUUGUGCCCCUGAGCCAUGCUGUGAUGAGGGUGGGGGGCUCACUGGCCACAUCCCAGCAUCACACUGUCGUAAAAUAAAACCAGGUCUUCGGCAUGGUGCACCCUUA